AGUGUUUACCUUUUGUAUAUUUAGUGUGUUGUUAUUUAUUUAAAUAUCUAAAGUCUCUAGCCAAAACAACAUAAGAAUACUGCCGCUUAAGUAGAGAUAUUGUUUGACAUUACUAUCUUUGUCAGUGAGGAAGUCAUUCUUGAAUAUUGCACAAUGGCUGGGAGGCCACCAAGCUCAAUGCGAGGAAGGCCGCCAUCAAGUGGUAUGGGAGCAAGACCACCGAUGGGAGGUAGAAUAGGCACAGGACAAGUUCCUGGUACUGGUCGCCCUGGUACAAGGGGAGGGCAACCGGGCAUGACAUCCACUGUUUUACCUGCUGGAAUUAGAGUAGCGGAUCGACCAAUGACACAGCAAGGUCUCGGUGGAAUGAAAACAGCAAGUAAAGGCCCCCAACGACAGAUACAAGACAGAACUUAUUGGCUUGGAGAAAUACGGACCAAGACGAAUGAAUUAGCGUCAGAAAUUAAAAAGGUUGAGACAGACGUUCGUCAAUAUCAGGAAGAAAAUAACACUUAUCUCAUGUUUGAAAAGAGAGCUGAAAUGCUGGCGGCUGAGAUUGCUGGUCUUCAAGGAGAGCUUCAUGAUUAUAAUAUGAUGAUUGACCAAAUCAACAUGAACAAAGAAAUUACAGGAAUUUCUGAUGAUUAUAACUCGCUGAAAGCUCGAAAUGAUAGAGAAGAAGAAAGUCUUGAAAGAAUAUUUGAACAAAGACAGGCAAUGGAUCAGCAACUUGCUAAAUUAGAGAGGGAGAUGGAUCAUGAAAGGACAAUGACUGAAAACAGGGUUCAAGACAUGGAACCAGAAAUGAGAGAACAAUAUGUUGCUCUGAAAAAAGAGAGUUUGAAAAACGCAGACAUUGUCAAUAGUAUGCAGGAUGAAAUUGAAUCUUUGAGUUCAAAGCAACAACAGAUUGAACAGUCGUUGCAGUCAAAUCCAAUAAAAUUGGAAGCAGUUAGAUUAUAUGAACAGAUGAAUGAACUCCAGGAUAAAUAUACUCAACUCCAGCAAGAACAAGAAACAUUUUCGAGUCCGGAGGCAGAAAAAGAAAAAUUAUUAGCCAGAGUGAAAAGUGAUAAUCAGGAAAUUGCUACUAUGGAAAGACAAUCUAAAGAAUUGGAAGAAAAAAUUAAUCUUUAUCAAGAAGAAUUAUCACAGAUUGAAAGUGCAUUAGAAGACCAACAAGGCGAGUCAUCCGAAAAAUACAGACAGCUGCAAAAACGUGAGCAGAACAUAGAUGACUUCAUGAAUACAUUUGAACAGAAUAGAAAUACUGAAAUUGAACAAAUCAACCAACUAGAGCAAAGUAAUGUUGCCAUUUUGGAACAAAUCAGUAUGAAUAUUGUGACGAGCAGCAACCUGCCAUCUGUUGAUGAAAUGAGGGCAAUGCAGGAGGAUCUCCAAUUCAAAGAGGGGGAAUUACAGAAAGCCCAAUCUACAUCGACCACUUUAACUGGGGAAAAUGUUCGUUUACAACAAGAUUUAGCAAAGGUAGAGCAACUUGCAGAUAAAAUUGAUGUUGAAAUGAUUUCUUUGAGAGAGAAAAAUGAUCAAAUGGUUCGAGAUUUAAAAAAAUUUCAGGAUAUCGACCAACUUAAUGCUGAUGCUGAGCAAAGAAAAAUUGAACUACUUGGAGAAAAAUCAGAAUUAGAAAGGAAGAAAAUUGAUUUUGGAUCAACAUUAGAAGAUAUGACCGCUCAAUAUGAACGAUUGAAAGUACAACUUGAGGAAAAUGAAACCCAUGCUCAACUUGUUAAUCAAGAAAGAAAAUGGCAGCAUUUAGAACAAAACAAUUUUGCACUCUCGGAAUACAUCAAAUCAAAAAGUAUUGACUACAAACCUGCGGCUUUGAGUGUGGAAAGAAAAUUAACACAGCUGAAUAAGCAACUCAUAAACCUUUACACAAAGGGUUCUAUUGGUAGAUGAAUUUGUUAGUUCUGUCUUUGCUGGCUUAUUAAUACAUUGAUUUGUUCUAGUCUUUGUCUCUGAAAAUAGGAUAUCUUUCUACAUGGACAGGUUGCUACAUUCUCAAGCACUUGAACUAGUAUGGUAUUUGAAUAUAUUCGAAAUUGCUCCAGUUUUAUGUCAAUGCAGUAUGCCUGCUGCUAAUCCAACUAUGAAUAAGAAAUUUUCGAAUUUGUACAUUUUUCUGCUGUUUCAUCCAUACUUCCCCUGUCUGUUUAUUUAUUGCAAGGUUCAAUAUUGGAUUGAUAUUUGUUUUGUGUCCAAUAUAUGGGGCUUUUUCAAAGUUAGUAAUUGUCAUCAUUGGUAAGUUUGUACAUAGAAUUAAUUACUUAUUUGUUCAAGUUGUGAAUAUGUUGCAUCAAAGUUUUGGAACGGUUCUGUUCAUCUAGUUUAGUACAAUAUAUUUUUGUAGUGUUAUACAAAUUUA